CCGUAUUCAAAAAUACCGAUUGGGAUACCGAAAUACCGAUUGAGAUACGGAAAUAUUUAAGAAUUGGGAUUGGGAUACGAAAAUUAUUUUGGGAUUGAGAUUAAAAUUGAUUUUAGGAUGUAAUUUGGUAUUCGGGAUUUCGAUAUUAUCACAACGUUUGAGAAGAGAAGUAUGAAAUGAAACAAGGCCCAACACGCAGUAAAAGAAUAUAAUAGGCCCAGGAUAAGGCCCAACCGAGAGUGAGCGACAGAACGUAGAAAGAAAGUCCCAUCUCUCUGUUUCUCUCCCCUUCCCGCUGCUUGCUGGCUUGGCCUUGCAGCUACUCUCUCUUUCCUACUUUCUCCUUUUCCCUUUUUUUCCUCAGUCCCUCGUUUCAAGCUUCCAUUCCUAGGGUUCCCAGCCCAGCACCACCACCACCGUCGUCCCUUUUGCUCUUCCUCCUCCCCUCCCAGUUCCCUAAUCCAUUCCUCCACCAUGAAGCUCACUGUUAAAACCCUAAAAGGCAGCCAUUUUGAGAUUAGGGUUCAGCCCACCGACACGGUAAUGGGGGUGAAGAAGAACAUUGAGGAUGUACAGGGGAAAGACAAUUACCCUUGUGCGCAGCAGUUGUUGAUCCACAAUGGUAAAGUGUUAAAAGAUGAGACUACACUAGCUGAGAACAAUGUCUCAGAAGAUGGGUUUCUGGUUGUUAUGCUUAGCAAGACUAAAAGUUCUGGCUCAACUUCAGCAUUGUCCAGUCAGCCUGCAUCUACAACAACCCCACCUACAUCUUCACAAACCUCAAAUCCAACUCCAGCACCUGAAGCCCAAACAGUGGCCCCAAGAAGUGCGGCUUCUGCUUCCGAUUCAGCAACAGACAAUCCACCAGCUGACACAUAUAGUCAAGCUGCAUCAACCUUAGUUGCGGGUACCAACUUAGACCAAACGAUCCAGCAAAUAAUGGAUAUAGGUGGAGGCACUUGGGACAAAGAAACCGUUACUCGGGCACUCAGGGCUGCCUAUAACAAUCCAGAAAGGGCAGUAGAUUACUUGUACUCUGGUAUCCCUGAGACGGCCGAAGUAGCUGUCCCUGUGGCUCGUGUGCCUGGUGGGCAGGCUACGGAAGCAGGGGCAGCCACUGGAGCUCCUGUAACCGGAGCACCUAACUCUGCCCCCUUGAACAUGUUUCCGCAGGAGCCACUUCCUGGUGCUGGAGCUGGUGGUGGUCUUGCAUCCCUGGACUUCCUUAGAAACAAUCAACAGUUCCAAGCAUUGCGGUCGAUGGUUCAGUCAAAUCCCCAAAUCUUACAGCCCAUGCUUCAGGAGCUUGGGAAGCAGAACCCAAAUCUCCUAAGAAUGAUCCAAGAGCACCAUGCAGAAUUUCUACAACUAAUAAAUGAACCUCAGGAUGGUUCAGAAGAGGAGAUGUUUGACCAGCCUGAACAAGAGAUGCCUCAUGCCAUCAACGUUACACCUGCCGAGCAGGCUGCCAUUGAACGGCUGGAGGCGAUGGGAUUUGAUAGGCCCCUUGUGAUUGAAGCCUUUUUGGCCUGUGAUCGAAACGAGGAACUAGCAGCUAAUUACCUUUUGGAACACGCUGGAGAUUUUGAAGAUUGACGACUCGAGAUUUUGAAGAUUGACGACUCGAUCGAUUCCUGGGAAUUUGUAGGAAUGAGAUUGUGGGGUUCAUAGUAUUUUUAUUUCAUAAUCCUACAAGGUUGAUCAAUCAGUGUCCUCUUUUCUAUCACAAUCUUGGAUUUGGUUGGUUGUAGUAGUGAUUUGGUCGAACUUUUAAACAACUGUCAAAUAUAACUCCCCUGCUAUCAAUUUUGAGAAUGGUGUUCAUGGUCGAUUAAACUUGUUUCCUAUACAUGCUAAACCGCCAGUGGAUCUCCAGUCAACCAUAACCUUCUCUUUUAGAAUAUAGCCACUGCAUGUUC